AAUAGAUGUAAUAUAAAAUAAGUUAUUUCUACUGCAGUACAACAUGAUUCAUUUUCAUAAUUACCUAAAACAAUCAAAAGAGUUAGUAACAAAAGUUAAUUUUGAGGGUAUCAAAUGUGUACAUGUGGUAAUGGGCAAUGAAUCGUGUGAUUUGGAUUCUACAAUUGCCCCUUUAGCAUUGGCAUGUUUCUAUGCUAAUGAUAAGUAUAGAUGCAGUGAUAUUAAAGUAAUUCCUGUGAUGAAUGUAGCAGCUGAUGAUUUCCCAAUAAAAACUGAAUCCAAUUACCUUUUGGACAAAUAUAAAGUGGACAAAAGCAAUCUUAUAUUCAAGGAUGAAAUCAACAUGACUUGGUUGUGCCAACAAGAAAGAUUGAAGAUCACUUUGGUCGAUCAUCAUAUACUCAGUGAGAGUGACUCACAUCUGAAAUGCUGUGUAACAGAGAUCAUUGAUCAUAGGCCCCUAGAUAAAGCUAGUGAGUGGGACAAGAAUGUACGUUUCAUCCUAUCCCAAGUCGGAUCGUGUUGCACCCUAAUCGCGAACGAAAUAUUUCAAAUAUAUAAUAGAUGUCUCUGCACUGUAGCUCAGCUGUUAUAUGAAACCAUUGUAUUUGAUACUAUUGGAUUUAAGCCAGAAGCUGGAAAAUCCAAAGAACUGGAUUUUACCAUGGCUGAACAAUUGGAAAAAUUGCUUAAACCGACCAAAACACGAUUGGAAAUAUUCGAUGAACUCUGGGCUGCCCAUAACGAUGUAUCUGCGCUAACUACUCGUCAAUUGUUAUCAAAAGAUUUAAAACAAAUUGGCAAUGUUUUAAUUCCCGGGUUGCCCAUGCUAGUUCAGCAUUUCAUUAGCAGACCCGAUUUUGAACAUGCAAUCAGUUCAUUCUUUUCAGAUAAAAAUGGAGAAGCAAUCAUCAUUAUGGGUUUGGAAACUGAAGAUGGUAUUACAAGAGAUAUUGCAUUUUAUCCAGUCGGAAAUGAUGUAGUUAAAAAACUUCAACAAAGAAUUCUAGCCGACGAAUUACAGCUGGAAGAAGUUGCAAAUUCAUUAGAGCAACUAAAUGUAUACAAGCAAAAUAAUGUGCUUCAUUCCAGGAAAUACCUGAUACCAAUCAUCAAGGACACAAUAGCAGAAAAAUAAAGUUAUAAUUAGUUUUAUUAAAAAUUUGUGCACAUACUAAAUAAAUUAUGUAU